UUUUUCUGUCAUCGUGAGUGCGGGUUCUUGCGCUGUAUCCCGCGCAAAAAUUAGAAGGUUCAUCUAAGAACCGAUAAUAUCAAUGCACGAUAGAUUUGCACAUUCUAUCUGAACUUUUCGUACUCUCUUAUAAUUUUUUUUUUCCUUUUCUCGCUGCCGGUCACCGAAUCUCAGCUGUAUAUCGAUUUCACUUCAAGUGCAGAAAGUGUAAUGCAGUAAAACUAAAAAGAACAAACUUUUACUAUUUUAUUUACUCAAGAUAUACUGCCUUUAAUAAAUUAAAAAAUCGGCCAGUGCAUAUAUCAUUAUCUUAAAGAUUCACCGAUAUAUGAAUACUAAUUCAAAUAAAUUCGAAUGUCUUUGUACUUAACAAAUGUUAAAGUCGAGAAUUUGCUUGAUCAAAGAAAUUCGACCGCCUUUGUCAGCUUGUCAGUUUUUGUCACUUGUGCAACAGGUUAAAGCUAUUAUAGCUAUUGUAAAACUCUAUUUUUGUGCAGUUUAUGAACUUGUAAAGAUUUAUGAAUGUACAUGUGAAAAAACAAUGAUGAGAUGUACAAAAUUUAAAAGUAACAAGAAGCUGCAUUUGAAUGUGGAAGAGGGUACAGAUAAUGCAACAAAGACAACAAAUACCAGGAUAAAUGGAAAAAAUGAUAACUCUCCUAAAAGUUGUCGAGACUACAUAGCUCCUAUUAAUCAUAGCACACCAGUUAAGCAGAAACCUAGUUUGAAUAAUACUGAAGAGUCACCCAAUGUUGAUUAUCCCGCUAGCCCACUGACUAUUCCAUGUACGCAAGACGGAGGUAAUGAAGUUGCGUGGGAUUGGCAAAAUACUCUGAACAAAACUCCUAAUAGGAGGACUAAAAAGCAAAAUAUUCAGUCUGAGACACCUAAAGGAACCAAAUCAUUGCAGAGGAAGAGAAAUUCUGACUCUCCUUUGUUGUGCAAAUCAUUCAAGAGGAAAACCAUCAAUAUGGAAAGAACAGAAAACAUUGGACAGUUUAGGGCUGAGUUGCAAGCGUUGAGUGAGAAGAUAGGAGUUAAAAAGCCAAAUGAUCAACACGAUUUAGAUGAUUGUAUCAAGGAAGAAUCAAUCAUAAUGAAUACAAGUCAUGAUGAAGAAGAAGCCAAGUCAAGUGUUACAGAUAACAAAGAGAAUUAUGGCACAAAAACUAACAGUCAUAACAAUAUUAGCAAAAAAAGCUCGAGUUAUGAUGAUUUGUUUGACGAUUCAAUAGAUGAUUCCAUGGCUAGAUGCACUCAGGAGAUAGAAGAAAUGUUCAAUCUGAUUAUAGUCAAAGGAAAUUCUAUUGUGUGUCCACAGAAAGAAACCAAGAAGGGAAAAUCUCCCACAAGUAACACAGUUGCUAAAAUUUCUCCUAUACAGUCUAAGGAAAACUCUGUGGCGACAGUGAACAAAAGUUUAUUCCUUGAAAGCACAAGUGGUGAUAAUAUAUUAAAGACGAAUAGCGACAGUACAUUAAAAACAAAUGGUGGUAGCAUAUUAAAGACAUAUUCGAGACUACCAUUAAAAAAAGACGCAAACUCCAGCACACGUGUUGUUGGAGCAUUUUCGCCUUGGAAAGAUAAAGAGCUACAUAAACUGUGUCUAAACAACAAUAUGGUACAUUGCGACACUGAAAAAUCGUGUGAUGAUAAAAAAUCGUCAAAGGAUAGCGCCGCUGAAUUGUUGGAUUUUCCAGAUGAUUCUUUUGACGAUUGCUUAGCGACUUGCAUUGAAGAUGAUAAGUUACCAUCAACGUCGACUAAAUUCAACAGUUUCUUACCUCCUAAGAUUCAAUCCAGCUAUAAAACUUUAACUAAUGCACCUUUGAAAGGAAAACUCUCUUAUUGUACUACGAUAUCAAAAACAGAGCCUACAACGAAAGAAAAGAUGCCCACUGCUGGUCCUCUGGACAACAGGAAAUUUUUCAAAUCCAAAAGCUUAUCGGAACAAUACAUCAAUCAGAAUUCAAUUGUACAGUAUAAAAAUACAGCGCACGUAACGUUCCCUUCGUAUUCAACGAAGUCCGCAUCGCAUUUGAGCUCAUUGCCCAAGUGCUCAGCGAUAUCGUAUCAUAAGAAUGUUGUUGCGCCUACUUCCGUAAGUAUCAAUUCGAUCGCUACGAAAGACCGUUAUAAGAAUGAACAUGGUGCAAACUCUCUAAUGACUAGCGCGGAUCGAACGUUGAGAUUCGAUGUUAACAAGUCUACAGCAAAAGAAGGUGGUAAUCGUUUUGUCAAACACAAUUCCACCGGUAAUAUGAGAAAUGAUACUAAGGAAUUAGCAAAAUUUGCCUCGCUUACAGCUCGAUGUACGGCGGGGGAAAUUGAAAGGAAAAGGUUGCAAGCCAAAAUGCGACUUGAGGCGAAGCAAAAGCUAUACGCUGUUAAUGUUAAAAAUAAUAUUAACAGGUAAAAACAUGCAUCCUAAUCCGUUUUGUUUAUUACGGAAUAUUACGGAAUAUUACGAAGGAUGAAUAUUUUUCUUGCUCUAAUGCUACCACAUUGUUCCGGGAACAAUGGGAACGAACAUGGGCACGACGAUCGUUAUUAUUGUAAUCGUUGUUAUAAUUACUAUUGUACGAUAUUAAGAAAUUACACAAAUAUUUUUUAUAAAUGUAUAGAUACGGAUGUGUGUGGAAGAGAUCUAUUUGUAGAAUAUAUUUAAACUAUGUAUAGAGAUGUUAGAAUCUAGGAGGGGAUAUAAGUGGAAUUCAUAUUUUUGAUGUUUCUCAAAAGAUUGCUCUUUCCCAAUUGAGAGAUUAUAGCAAACAGAUAAUUUGUAAUAUAACAAUUUGAUUUAAGAAAUUUAUAAUUCGCGCAAACGUACACGAAAUAUAUCGCGAAAGUAAAUAGAACGCAAACAUAAAUCAUUUAUUGCAAAUUGGUCUUUCCCUCGUAUUUUCACCCUUCCCAUAUUUUCUCUCGCAAAGAUAUAAAUUUCCUAUUGUACAAGAUUCCACUUCAACUGCAUUAUCUUAUCAUAAUUGUUCGCUCUGUGUUAUGUCCUUUAUUCGACGAAAUUAAUUUAACGGUAUUUAUAUAUUCGUUUUUGAAUAUUUAUAGUUGUCUUUUUUCUUUUAUGCAAAAUCAGGGCGUAUCUAUUACCUAAGACAUAUAGGAUGUAAGAUAUGCGACGUAUUUUAUACCCGAGAGGGCUCAGAUUAAUUUAACAUUCUCAUGGAAGUCGAGUGGGACAAUUUCGUUGUAAUAACAAUUCCUUGCGGUCUCUGGAGCAAUAAACGUUGUAGUGUACAACGACAUUACACACACA